GUCGGGGGGUGUGGCGCGCCAACCCGGGGUGAAUCCGAAAGGAGGCGCGUUGUUGUUUGCCGGAGCGCCAUGUUGGGCGUCCCGGCCGGGAGGACUCCGCGGGAUCCCGGGGGACGUGCCACGGGCUGCGGCUGUUCGCGUCCGGGAAGUGCCACCAGCCGGGCCGACUCCGGACGUGCCCGCUCCCCCACGCGUUCGCUGCUGUCCCCGGACGGGCCACGCUAACUUGAGCUCCGCCCCCAGGGGGCUGGGGAAGAUGUCCUGGAGACCCGCGGGAACGUGCGUCACGCCCGCGCGUUCCGCUCCUCACUCGUGGUUGGGUCUCUGCGGGGCAACCUGGGUCGGUGGCGGGAGUCUGGCCCCUGUCGUCUGUGUUCUCACCUGAAGAGUGGAACUGCGGACACACGCACACUUGUUCGUAAACUCAGACCGCAGCUGCGGUUCCACAAAAACUCGGACUGUGAUGACUAUUCUUAGUUGUCAACUUGACUAUAUCUGGAAUGAACUACAAUCCAAAAAUGGAGGACACAUCUGUGAGAGAUUUUCUACUUGGUUUGAAGUGGAUGAAUCUACUUCUUGUCCAGACCUUUGAUCUGGGUCUUGAGGCAGGAAAGUACACCUUUAAUAUGGUCCAUACCUUCUGUUGGAAGUCUGUAUAAGGACAUAGAAGAAGGAAGCUUUUGCUAUUUGCCUGCUUGUCCUCACCUUGCUAGCCCAUCCAUUCUUUCACUGGCAUUGGCACCUACUUCUUUGGGAUUACAGCAUAUGCAGAAGACCAGGUGAAACAUCCAACCCUGUGGGACUGAGCAACUGCUGAAUUCUUGGACUUUUCAUUCACAGCUAACCAUUGUUGGAGUAGCUGGACUGCAGAUUCUAAGUCGUUCCAUGAGACAGAGAUUUAUUCCAUAAGUUCUUUGACUGUAAAGAACCCUAACUAAUACAAAUUUUGGUACCAGAAGUGGUUCUAGAGAAACAGACAUAUAAAGAUGAAUCUUUUAAGUAUCUGGAAUAGGCUUUUCAAUUCACCAGCACCUUCAGCUACAGUCACUUCCUCUCCUGGGAGCUUGGAGAAUGCUGAAAGCCCAUGGUGUGAAUUAUAUUACAAACUUAAAGAGUUAGAUGCGUUUGAUUAUCCUGAUUCACCAGUUGUAAGUGGCAAUGGAUUUGAUGACUCUGUAUAUGAAACUUUUGACAGUUUGGGGGAAAACAAGGAAAAUGAUGCUGCUGGUUGGUUGCUCUUAGCAUCUCUGGAUAAAUUAAUAAAGGAUAGGAAUGAGCUCCGUGAUAAAAUUAAUCAACUUCAGAAUAUGAUGAAGGACAACAAAAAACUUAGUGAUAAAAUUGACCAGCUCCAGAUGCAAGUAAACAUUUUAAAGGUUUCUAAGUGUACCUUGGAAGAAAAUCUUCUCUCCAGCAGCCACAGAGCUCAAGUAGUAGAAAAUCAAACUGAAGCCCUCAUAAUAAGGUUGGCUGAACUACAGCAAAAAUUCAAGUCUCAGCGUCAGAGGGUGUCAGCAGUUAAAGUAAGGGCAUUAAUUGGUAAAGAAUGGGAUCCUGUAACUUGGGAUGGGGAUGUGUGGGAGGACCCUAUUGAAGCUGAGAACUUCGAACCCUCAGAUUUUCAAGGGUUUAUCUCACCAGAGGAAAUAGUACCCUCAGCCCCACCCCUUGAAAUACUGCCUAUUUCUCCUUUCAUUGAGGAAAUUAAUCCUUCAUUGUCUGAUCAACCAGCAGUGACUUUCUCUGAAGAAAAUGCCAGGCAAGACAAUACUGCUGUACCUCAAGGCCCACCAAUAGUUGGCUCUAGACUUUUAACUGGACCUAAAGCAAAGCAGGCUCCUCAAGGGGAGAUAGAAAGUGUAGUCCAUGAGGAGAUGCGCUACACUACUAAAGAGCUGAAUGAGUUUGCUAAUUCAUUCAAGCAGAAGUCUGGAGAAUAUGUAUGGGAAUGGGUUUUAAGGGUGUGGGAUAAUGGUGGAAGGAACAUAAAACUAGAUCAGGCUGCAUUUAUUGAGAUGGGCCCUCUUAGUAGAGAUUCUAGGUUUAAUAUGGACGCUCGCACAGUUGAAAGAGGUAUCAAAAGUUUGUUUGAAUGGUUGGCUGAAGCGUUUAUCAAAAGAUGGCCUACUGAAAAGGAGUUGGAGAUGCCUGAUAUCCUUUGGUUUAGUGUUGAUGAAGGAAUUUUAAGGCUCAGGGAAAUUGCUAUGCUGGAGUGGGUAUACUGUGUAAAACCUAAUCCUCCUCAAUGGGAAGGUCCAGAAGACAUGCCCUUCACUAAUCCCAUAAGACGAAAAAUAGUGAGAGGGGCACCUGAACAUUUGAAGAGCUUUGUUGUCGCCCUUCUCCUUGUGCCAAACCUUAGGGUUGGAGAUGCUGCUGCUCAAUUGGAUGAAUUAAAUACAAUGGGUUUAAUUGAGCCUCCAGAUAGCAGGGGACAGGUGGCAGCACUGAAUUACCUGAGGCACAAAACAGGUCUCAUAAUAGACUAACCAGUAAUGGUCAGCACAGGCAAAGUGAAUUUUAUUUUGGCAUGACUCAUAUGGACCUUUGGUACUAGCUAAUCAAUCAUGGUAUUUCCAGGCAUCCAAUCAAUAAGAAGCCUACUGUAUUUCUGUUUGAUCUGGAUAAGCAGAAAAAUUCUCAAGUGAAAAAAGGCUGCAUUGGAUCUUGACAAAAGGCAGUCUUGGCUAGUGAAUCAGUUUCCACUUUGAGCCAGUUUACAGACCCAGAACCUCUUGAAUGAAGGGGUGGCCAAGUUCCCCUGAGGAAGGACCCUGAUAAGAUACCUAAAAGUUUUACAGUUAAGUCUUUCUCCAGCCCUUUCCCAGAGGGACCUGCGGUCUUUUACAAGGGUAACUGUACACUGGGGGAAAGGAAACAAUUAGACUUUCUGGGGUCCGUUGGAUGCUGGAUUGCUGCUGAUUCCAGAAGAUCCCAAGAAACACUGUGGCCCUCCAGUUAAAGUAGGGGCUUAUGGAGGCCAGGUGAUUAAUGGAGUUUUGGCUGAAGUCUGACUCACAGUAGGUCCCCAAACUCAUCCACUGAUUAUUUCCCCAGUUCCAGAAUGUAUAAUUGGGAUAGAUAUACUUAGAAGUUAGCAGAAUUCUCAUUGGUUCCCUGGCCUGUGGAGUGAAGGCUAUUAUGGUUAGAAAGGCUAAAUGUGAAGCCUUUAGAGUUGCCGAUGCAACUGCCAAGGAAAAUAAUGAAUCAAAAACAGUAUGGCAUCCCUGGAGGAAUUGCAGAAAUUAGUACCACCAUCAAGGACUUGAAAGAUGCAGGAGUGGUAGUUCCCACCAUAUCUCCUUUUAACUCUAUUUGGCCAGUGCAGAAGACAGAUGGAUCAUCAUGUAAGUGCUCAACUAAAGGUGACUUCCUGGUAGGAGGAGUUAAUCAGGUAGAUAGCACAACCCAUUCUAUGGACUGUUAGCCUCUUUCCCCAGCCAUUGCUGUCGGGCCCAUGAACAAAGUGGUCAUGGUGGCAGAGAUGGGGAUUAUGCAUGGGCUCAACAACAUGGACUUCCACUCUCCAAGACUGACCUGGUUACAGCCUCUGCUGAGUGCCAGAUCAGCCAACAGCAGAGACCAACACUGGGCCCCAGAUAUGGUACCAUUCCCCAGGAUGACCAGCCAGCAACCUGAUGGCAGGUUGACAACAUUGAACCACUUCCUCUGUGGGAAGGACUACACUUUGUCCUUACUGGAGUAGAUACUUAUGUUAUGGAUUUGUCUUUCCUGCACAUAGUGCUUCUGCCAAAACCACCGCCGUGGACUUAGAGAAUGCUUGAUCCACCGACAUGGUAUUCCACAAAGUAUUGCUUCACCAAGGAACUCACUUCACAGCCAGAUAAAUGCAACAGUGGGCCCAAGAUCAUGGAAUCUACUGGUCUUAUCAUGUUCCCCACCAUCCUGAAGCAGCCAGCUUCAUGGAUGAAAUGGCCUUUUGAAGUCACAGUUACAGGGCUAAUUAGGUGGCAGUAGCCUGGAGGGCUGGGCCAGGGUUCUCCAAAAGGUGGUAUAUGCUUUGAAUCAGCGUCCAAUAUGUGAUACAGUUUCUCCAAUAGCAAGGAUCCACAGAUCCAGGAGUCAAGAGGUGAAAAAGGGAAUUGUUUCUCUCACUAUCACCCCUAGGGACUCACUAGGAAAAGUUUUGCUUCCUGUUCCCGUGACCUUCUGUUGGCCUAGAAGUUUUGGUUCCAGCGGGGAGAGUACUUCUACCAGUAAUCACAACAAACAUUCCAUUGAACUGGAAGCUCAGCUUCCCUCUGGCCACUUUGUCCUUCUGAUGUCCUUAAACCAACAGAUUAAGAAAGGAAUGACAGUGUUAGGAGGGAUGAUUAGUCCAGAUUACCAAAGGGAAAAUGGAUUGCUUCUCCACAAUAGAGAUAAGAAAGAUUAUGUCUGGAAUGCAGGAGAUCCUUUAGAGCAGCUCUUGGUGCUACCAUGUCCUGCGAUUAAAGUCUGGGAAACUACAACAGCCUAAUACAGGCAGGAUGACAGGAUACAGACACAUCAGAAAUGAAGGUGUGGGUCACUCCUCCAGGAAAGAGCCCAAGACUUGCUUGCCGAGGGUGGAGGAAGUACAGAAUGGUAGUAGAGGAAGGUAUUUAUAAAUACUAAAUACAUAGAAGGAAGGCCAUGUGACCAGUUGCAAAAAAAAAAAAA